AUGAUGAAGAUCAGAAUGAUGAAUGUUGAUGAUGAUGACUUUGUUCCUUCAGAUGACAACGCUGGUUCAUCUUCUGAUGGAGAAACUGCCUCCACUUCCAAAGAGCAAUGGACAGUGAAGGACUGUGGAAAGACUAUCCGCAAACGCGGUCAUUCAGUGAGACAAAAGAGAAAAGACACAGAACAGAAAGAAUUCACUUGCAGGAAAUGCAACAUAAGUUUUCCUACCUUUAAAGAGAGGAAACGUCAUUCAAAAAAGCACGAAGUGAAGAAGGAGUUUCGCUGCGAACAGUGCGGGAAAGAUUUUUUCACCUUUACUUACAAUAUGAAAGUUCAUAUGAAGACACACGAGGAAAAGUCUUUCCAGUGCAACGAAUGUAACAAGUUUUUCCGCAGCAUUAGUAAUCUUACUAUUCAUAAGAGAAUCCACACGGGUGAAAAGCCAUACAAGUGUCCUCAAUGCGAGAAGAGCUUCAGCCAGAGAACGCAUCUGAAGAACCAUUUACUCUUUCACACUAAUGAGAGACUGCAUCAAUGCCCACACUGCGAGAAGAGCUACAACGUCAGAUCAGAUCUUAAGAACAUAUACUCAAGCACAGCAGUGAGGGGUCGCAAAACCAUUUACUCACACACAGCGAUGAGAGACCGCAUCAGUGCCCUCACUGCGAGAAGAGCUUCAGUCUCAGAACAGCUCUGGAAAAACAUCAACUCACACACAGUGAUGAGAGGCCAUACCAGUGCAGUGAAUGUGGAAAAACCUAUAAAAACACCACUUCUCUAA